AUGCAACAUUUUUUUUUAAAAAAAAGUAAAGUUACCUUUUCUAGUAUCAAGUUAAAAGGGUUGUUAUAUAAAUAUUUAAGAAAUGAUGGGAAGGAGAAGAAUAAAGAAAAAAAGAACACGUUGAAUUGGUAUAUAUAUAAUAAAAGAAAAAGGAUUGAGGAGAUACAAAAAUUAACAGGUAAUGAAAAAUAUAAUGAACUUAUAUUAUAUUCUUUUUUUCAUAAUAAAAAUAUAAAAAGUACAAGAGAUUAUAAAAGGUUAUAUUAUUAUUGUAAUUUCUUAAAAUGCGAUAUAUUAACAUUUAUAAAAAAAGAUAUAGAAAAUUUAAGAAAACAAAAAUAUAAAUAUUUUACUAUAAAUAAUAGGAGACAUUCAUUUAAAAAAGUUUUAUAUAUUUAUUUAAAUAACAAUAUUAAGAUUAAUGAUAAUGAUCAAACACAUUAUUUAUUUGAAUUAUUACAAAAACAUUUAUUAAAAACAAGUCCUUAUAAUAUAUUCCUUUUUUUAAAAUUGUCUACGGAAUAUAAAUAUUUUGAAAAACUUAAAAUAUUUACAUUGGAUAUAUUUAUAAGUAAAAUUAACAAACAUAUGAUCAAUGAAGAAAAUCAAAAAAAAUAUGAACAUGCUAAGAAAAAUGUAAAAUAUAUAAAUCAAAAUAAAAAAAAACCAGCUUCCCAAAUGUCUAUUGAUAACAAGUCUUUAUCAAAUUGUGUGAACAUCCAUAAAUCUGAUGAGCAAAAUAAAGUGAGUACAAAAUCAAAAAAAUAUACACAUAUACAAACGCAAACGUCAACACAAACGUCAACACAAACGUCAACACAAACGUCAACACAAACGCCAACACAAACGUCAACACAAACGUCAACACAAACGUCAACACAAACGUCAACAUUAAAACCAUGUAAUGAUCAUGAUAAUGUUAAUUUAUACCCCUUGAAAAGCUUAACAUAUGAAUAUAUAAGGAGCAAUAAAUUUUUUACAUGUAAUAACAAAAAUCAUACCUGCGCAUUUAAAAAUAUAUAUAUGUUUGAUGUAAUACAUUUUAUAAAUAAUAAUAUAAAUAUAAAUCAUAAUGAAGUACAUAAAAAUUAUAAAAAUGAAUGCGCAUCUAAAGUAAGUGAUGAUCAUAUUAUUUUUGAGCAAAGUGAUGGUUUUCAAAAGGGGGCAUUUAAUAAUUCACAAGCGGAUAAUAUAGGAAGAAAUAAUUUACAAGGGGAUAAUAUAAGACAAAAUAACUUACAAGGGGAUAAUAUAAGACAAAAUAACUUACAAGGGGAUAAUAUAAGAAAAAAUAACUUACAAGGGGAUAAUAUAAGAAAAAAUAACUUACAAGGGGAUAAUAUAAAAAAGGUUUAUUCAAGAGAGAGCUCUUUAAAAAAUACUAAUAAGAAGUGUGCUCCUUUAAAGAAUUACCUUUAUUAUAACAAUAAUCACCAUUUUGAAUUAAAAAAUAAGUUGAACUAUAAAAUGAAAGAUAAUGAUGUAAGCAUAAUAAGAAGAGAUGAUCAUAUAGAUAAAAGCGAAAUAAAAUAUUUUUACUACACACGGAGAACAAAUAAUGUAGGUGUAUAUAAAGAAAUAUAUGAAAAAUCUGAUCAAUAUAAAAUGAUAAAAUAUUAUGAAGAGUUAAAGAAAAGAAAUGUAAAAACCAAAGAAGAAAACAAAAUGAGCAACACAACAAAUAAAAUUACAAAAGAUAAUAUCACACAAGAAUGUUUACAAAACAAUAAAUUAAGAGAUCAUUUUAAAAAAAUAAGGGAUCAAAUAUUAAGCAUAGAAAAUGAUAUAAAACUUGAUAGUAUAUUGAUAAAUAAAAAUAUAACUGAUCAACAAGAAAGUGUAUCAAAAAUUGGAUCCAUAAAAAAUAACAUAAUAACAAACAAUAAUAUACAUAGUAACAAUAAUAAUGAUAAUAAUAAUAAUAAUAAUAAUAAUAAUAAUAAUAAUACUUAUAAUAUAUUUACCUUUAAUAAUGGAGAUAUAAAAUAUCCCCCUUUAUUUAAAGAUCACAUUUUAAAUAUACUUUUAUCCUUUUGUAUUAAUAAUUAUCAAGAUAGUAUGUAUAAAUAUUUAAAAUAUAUAUUUUUUUCCAACUUUUAUUUCUAUAAUCCCAUAUUUCUUUUUUAUUAUUUCUCUUAUAUCUCUUGUACUGAAAAAAAUUUGUACCAAAUGUAUUUAAAAGAAUUUAUAAAGUUUUUAAAUAACAUAAUUGUAGAAUUUCAUUUUUAUUUAUUACCAUUCUUUUUAAAUUUAAAUUAUUCCAACAUAUUUUUAAAUUUUUUUAUAAAAUACUGGAAUACAAUUUCAUCAGGAAAAAAAGACAUGUCAAUAAUAUAUAGAUUGAGUAGUAAUCAUAAAUUUGUUAUGGAUAUUAUAACAUAUUCACAUAAACAAAAACAAAAACAAGAUAUACAUACAACACAAAAUGUAGAAAAAAAUAUAACUCUCUUCAUGAACUUGUUUUUACAAAUAUAUUCUUCUGAUGUAAUUAUAGAAAAAGCAAAACACACAUAUUUAGAAAACCUCUUUUUGUAUGACACUGAUAAGGAGACUAAUAAGGAAGAUAAUAUUAUAAAAGAUGCUAGCAGUACAAAAGAAAAGAAUGAUCUUAUUAAUAAAAACAAAUCAUGUCAUCAUACUAUACAUAAUGUAGAAGAUGAAAAAUCAUUAAUCGGAACUAUAUUUUUUAAUUUUCUAAAAUAUAAAGGAUUGUUUAAUAAAUAUGAAACGGAUAUAAAAAAUAUGAACAUCCAAAAAGAACAAGUCUUCAAUAAUGAAAUCAUAAAUAGUAAUAAUUUUAUAAAAAAAAAAAAAAAAAAAAUCCAUAUGAUUGAAGGAUAUAAUACAUCUCAAAGUUAUGAAUAUCCACAUGAUAAUAUUUCACUUAAUUCAGAACAAAAUAAAAAUUCUUUAAAUGUUUUAAAAAAAAAUUUUAUUGACAAUACAAAUACUUCGACAUGUAGGUAUGACAAUUUGAACAAAAUGAAGAUAACAAGACGUAUGGAAAAAAAAGAACAAGAAAAAAAAUUGAUAAAAAAUAUGAUAAAAAAUGUGAUAAAAAAUGUAAUAAAAAAUAUGAGUUCUUGUUAUAAUGAGAAGAUAUAUGAAUUUAAUAUGUUAGCAUCUUAUAUUAAUACAUGUAUAAAACAAAAAGGAAUAAAAUUUAUAAAGCACAUGUGCGACAAUACAUAUAAUAAUGUACAUAAUAAUAUAGAUAAAAUAGAAAAAAAGAAACAGCAAGGAGAUUUUAUUAUAUUAAGUGAUGAGGAUUUAAAAUAUAACAACAUAUGUAUUAAAAAGAAAGAUAUAUUACAGAACUUUAUUCUGUUUUGUAAAAUGAAUAUGUUUGAAUGUAGUUCUUAUAUGAAUAAAAUUAUAUAUUUUUAUUUGAAUGAAUAUAACGAUAAAGAGUUACUAAAUAUUUUGAUAAGCCAUUUUAAACUGAACAAUAAUAAUAAUAAUAAUAAUAAUAUGAAUAAUAUAGGAAGUGUUAUUAAUUCAAAUAAUGUAAAUAUUAACAAUGUAUCUAUAAAUAAUAGUAAAAAUAAUGUAUGUGUAAAUAAUUUAAGUAUGGAUAUGCCCAAUAUCAACACACAAUUUAAAAAUAAGAAAAAGGAGGAAUAUUAUUGUUCAUAUGAUCUACUACUUGUUAAUAAAAUACUAAAUAUUUUCAUAUAUAAAAAAAAAUUCAUCUCUUUAAAUAAUAGUAUAAUUAUAUCAAAUCUUUUAGCAAAACAACAAUUAUAUAAUAAUAAUUUUUUUCGUUUCCUAGGAAAAAAUAAUUUUAUAUAUGAUAUAAAGAAUUGUAAUAUUCAUUCAUUAGUUUCACUCAUAUAUUCCUUUGGGAAAUUAAAAAUGAAAAAUAUACAUCUCGAUUUAUAUAAAGGUAUGAUCAAAGAAAUUAUUUAUAAUAUUGAAAAAAUUAAUGAAUAUGGUUUAUCAUGUUUACUUUAUGGAUUAUAUAAUUUAAUAGAUAAAAAAAAAGAAAGAAAUCUUACUAUUAUAAAUUAUGAUUAUGCAAAAUAUAAAAAUGUAAAACAUUAUCAUAACAAAAAUUACAAUACAUAUUAUAUUCCUUCUAAUCAUUUACAAAAAGUAACUACAACAAAGGGUCACUGUAAAAAAGAUGUACUACUACAUAGGGAAGGUAUCAACAUGAAGCAAAAUGAAAAUAUGGUGGGAAGUGUAUCUAAUGAUGAUACUAUAAAUAAACAUGAUAAUAUAUGUAAUGAUGAUACUAUAAAUAAACAUGAUAUUAUAUGUAAUGAUGAUACUAUAAAUAAACAUGAUAAUAUAUGUAAUGAUGAUACUAUAAAUAAACAUGAUAAUAUAUGUAAUGAUGAUACUAUAAAUAAAUAUGAUAAUAAGAAAGAUCUUGUAUCUAGGUCCCCAUAUGUAAAUGAUCAAAAGAAUACAAAUAAUCAUGCGAAGGAAUCAAAUGAAAUUAGAAUUCUUGAAGAUAUUUUGAUAAAAGAAAUUAUAAAAAGAUUAAUUUUUUUUAAAAAUAUGAAUAUAAAUUCUUUCUGUAUAUCCAUUUCUUGUUUAUCGAAAAUAAAUAUUUUUCCAAAAGAAUUAUAUGAAGAAAUAAAAGAUGUAACAUAUAAAUAUAUUAAUAGUGUUAAUGUAACAUCUUUACAACAUUUAUCAUUAGCUUUAGCAAAAUAUUAUAUAACAAACAAAAAGGAGAACAUAAAUCAUAAUAUAAUUUACGAUAUAUAUGAUUAUUUGUUCAUUUAUAAAAUGCGUGAUAUUUCUUUUAAAUGUGCAUGUAAGUUUUUAUAUACAUUAGGCUUGUUAAAUAUAAGAAAUGAAAAUUAUAUAUUAAUAUUGCUUAUGGUUAUAGCUAAUGAGAGAGGUAUAUUAAAUAAUGUACAUGUACAAGAGGGUAAUCUAAAUUUUAAUCGUCAUAAUAAUAACAUGUAUUAUGAAAAUGUAAAGAAGUUAUAUUACCAACCAGAAAAAUAUAAUACAUAUAAUAAUAAUAAUAAUAAUAAUAAUGAUAAUAUAGGUCUUAAUAAUACUAAAUUUAUGAAUAUAUUAAAUAACAAAUUGUUUGAUCCUUAUCAUAAUAGUAAAUUAAAUUCUUCUUUAUAUAAAUCAUUAGAUAUAUUAAAAAAAAAGGAAUAUUUUAAAAGUUAUUAUAAUUCUUAUUUAUUUUUUAAUAUACCUAAAUAUAAAUUAAAUAUAAAUAAUAUAUUAUUAAAUUUUUCAAACGUUGAUAAUAGUUAUUUGAUUAAUGUUUUAGAUGCUUUAUAUAAUUUAUCAUAUUAUUCUUAUUUCUCUAUACAUAUAUGUAUCAUUAUCAAAAAUAUCUUGAUAAAGCACAUACAUGACAUGAAGGUUUCUAGUAUUAUGUCUUUAUUAUAUUCUUAUGUCAAUUUACAUUUCUAUGAUUAUUCUUUAUAUUAUAUAGAAAAGGAAAUAUUUCUAUUGGAGGAUAUAAAUAAUAAUGGUAAUAUGAAAUCUGACUGCCCACAUAAUAAUAAUAAUAAUAAUAAUGAUAAUGAUAUUAAUAAUAUUAAUAGUAAUAAUAAUAUUAAUAGUAAUGAUAUUAUUAAUAGUAAUAAUAAUAUUAAUUAUUAUUGUCGUUUGGGUGAUCAUUCAAUAUGUAAUGAUAAGAACAAAUAUAUAUUCCAUUUUAAUAUGUAUAAGAAUAAUACAACCAUAAAUAACUAUCCUACAAAUAGUUCAUACAGUUCAAAUAAUGUAAAAUAUAAUAAUUUACAAAGUGAGUUCAAAAAAGUAUAUAAUUGUUUAUUAAAUAAUUUUGUAAAUUUAAAUGAUCAAGAAAAAAGGCUAUAUGUCGAAAAAUUGAAGUCCUUAAUUUCUGAGAUGAAAAAUAAUAAUAAAUUUUAUUAUGUUAAAGAUAUAUAUAACAAUAUGAAUCAAGGUAUUAGUACGGAAUAUAUUUUAUCUAUGAUACAUGAUUAUGAUCAAAGUAAAAAAACAAUAAAUAAUUAUAAACAAAAUUUUGCUAUUCCAAAUAAUGUUCAUAAAAAAUUAAAUUAUUCUGAUGAUGAUCAAAUUAUUAAAUACAAGAACAAAACACACAUAAAUGAAUCUCUUAACAAUAUAACAAUGUUACAAAAUUAUAAGGUUAAAGAUAAACAUAUGAAUACUACAGAACAAAUAAAUAAAAUAAAUUUAUUACAUAGUGAAUCCAUACAUCUAAAUUAUCAAACCACUUAUAAAUUUCAAGAGAUAAAAAAUGUUGUGGACCAAUUUGGCUGUUUUAUUAAAAACGAAAAAUCAAAAAAACAUCAAUCGGAUAAUACAAAUCGGCAUUUAACAGAUGAAGCAAAUGUAAAUAUAGAUCAGCAUGUUGAACAUAUGGAAAGACAUAUAUAUGAAUAUAACGAUUUGCAUAAACAUAAAAAUGAAGAUAAUGAUUUAUAUUUGUAUGAUCAUAAAGAAGAAGGUGUGUCGUCUUCAUUCUUUCAGAAAGAAAAAAGAAGUUAUCUGGAUAAAGUACUUAUUGAAGAAAUAAAAAAAAAAGAAUAUUAUGAUGAGUUUUUCAUGUUAAAACAUCGAGAAUAUUACAAAGAAGAUAUACUAAACUUAUGUUUAGAAACGUUAUUAAAAAAUACAAAUUAUAUUUUAAAUAAUUAUAAACAAUAUAAAAAUACGAAUAUUUUUUUUCUUAUCCUUUUUUAUAAUAUUUUCUUACCAUAUACAAAUAAUGAUAUAUUAAUAUAUUUAAAUACAAUCCAACGAAAUUUUGCAUUCUACAACAACAACAAUAAUAAUAAUAAUAAUAAUAGUAAUAAUAAUAAAAUCAGAGAUUAUUCUUUUGAAGACAUUUUAAAAAAUAUCGAAUUAUUAAAUUUUAAUGAUCAUAUUAUUCAUAAUUUAAUAAGGUCUAAAAAUUUAUCUCAUAUUCUUAUACCACGUGUUAAUAUAUUACAACAUGAUAACAACUUUUUAAAUAAAGCUAUUCAUCUCAAGAGUACCUUUAUAGAAGAUAAAAUGUCUGUAGAUAAAAAUAAAAAAAAUUAUAAUAAUUAUGACGAACAUAAUACAUGUGCAAAAUAUAAUAGUACAUAUGAUACAUCGGGGAUAUCCUAUACAAAGAAUGAACAAAAUAGCUACAAUAAUUUUGAUGAAUUUUUAAAUAAUUAUAACACACAUUUAGAUAUGAAAAAAAUAAAUCUGGAAAAAAUAGUCCCGUUGAAUUUGCUUUAUAAAUUUUUCCAGCUUUUUAAUUUCAACAUAAAUAACGUACAACUAAUAUAUUUAUUAAAUGAGGUAUAUAAGGAAAAAGAUCUAAAUGGGGAUGUGGAUGUGCAACGAAUAUUAACACAAGGUGAAACAAAUGAAAAUGUGAACAAUGUGAAGAAUAUGAACAAUGUGAAGAAUAUGAACAAUGUGAACAAUGUGAACAAUGUGAACAAUGUGAACAAUGUGAACAAUGCGAACAAUGUGAACAGCGUGAACAAUGUGAACAAUAUGAACAAUGUGAACAAUAUGAACAGUGCGAACAAUGAGAACAAUAUGAACAAUGGGAACAGCGUGAACAAUAAUAUGUACAAUUUGAAUAAUACAUAUCGAUUUAAAAACAUAUCAUGUCCAUUAAUACAAAUAAAAAAUAAAACCCUAAUUAUUCAAAAAAAAGACAAAAAAAUUUAUUUCAAAAACUUCAACAUGAUAGAUCAUUAUUUCAAACCAGCAAGAGGAUUAUUAAUAAAUAUAUUAGAUCAUCAUACAUAUAAUUCAUUAUUUAUUUAUGUUGAUGUUUAUAUAGUUGCGUAUAAAGUUGAUAUACUUAUUGAACGAUUUAAUAGGUAG